CCCAUAAUGCUUCAUGCUCUCCAUCAAUGUGGCCUCUUACUUUCUGGCCAUCUUUGAACCAGAUUAUUUUCGGUUUUUCCGAAAAUAACGACCCAUAUACACAAUCAUGGGGUUCGUUAAGGUGAUCAAAAAUAAAGCUUACUUUAAAAGGUUUCAAGUGAAGUUUAAGAGACGUCGUGAGGGUAAAACCGACUAUUAUGCCCGCAAAAGACUGAUUACACAGGACAAAAACAAGUACAACACUCCCAAAUACCGUCUUGUUGUGCGAUUCACCAACAAAGAUGUCAUCUGUCAGGUUGCGUAUGCAAGAAUUGAAGGUGACAUGAUAAUUGCAGCUGCAUAYUCCCAUGAACUGCCACGUUAUGGAGUAAAGGUUGGACUUUCAAACUAUGCAGCAGCUUAUUGCACAGGAUUGCUGUUAGCACGACGUCUUCUUACUAAGCUUAACCUUCAUGAGAUCUACACUGGUAACGACGAGGUCAAUGGUGAUGAAUACAAUGUCGAGAGUGUUGAUGGCUCCCCUGGUGUUUUCCGUUGUUUCCUUGAUGUUGGCCUUGCUCGUACUACCACUGGUGCAAGGGUAUUUGGUGCCCUGAAAGGUGCUGUUGAUGGUGGAUUGGAUAUCCCUCACAGUAUGAAGCGUUUUCCUGGCUAUGACUCGGAGUCCAAGGAAUUCAAUGCUGAAGUCCACCGCAAGCAUAUAUUUGGACAGCAUGUUGCAGACUAUAUGCGUCAGCURUUGGAAGAUGAUGAAGACGCAUACAAACGUCAAUUCUCUCAUUACAUCAAGAAUGGCAUUGAAGCAGAUGCUAUUGAAGAAAUGUACAAGAAAGCACAUGCUGCGAUUAGAGCUGACCCUGUUGCCAAGGCAACUGCCAAGAAGGAUGUCACACACAAAAGGUAUAAUAGAAAGAAACUCUCAAGGCAGCAACGCAAAGAUCGUGUGGCCCAAAGGCAGAAGGCAUUUCUUCGCAAGAAGGAGGGGGAUUAAUGAUAACACCCUUGUACUGGUGUCAAAUAUCAAUAAAUUUUGAAACUUAACAU